UACAAAGUCUCACUCUCUCGCACACAUACGCACACACACAGACUAACCUUCCUCCAAAUUUCUCGCGCCAUCUUCUUCUCUAUUCUUCCCCGGGAAGCAAAUGUCUUUUGACACCUCCUACGCACAUAAAGGAUUAUUUCUUCAUGUGCACUUGAUAAACCGGGAAAGACUGGGGAGCACUGGGUGGAUAUUUUUUCGCCACUGGACCUGAUAACGAUUAAGAUUUUACUUUUUUUAGUUUGGUAGUUAGAAAUUCACAUAAGAUUUUUGUUGGUUUCGAUAAAAAAUUAAAUUUUGGACAUUUGAUUUGUUUAUUCAUGGCAAGUUCAUCCCUUAUUCCGGGAUUUCGUUUUCACCCGACUGACAUUGAGUUGGUCAUGUACUACCUCAAGAGGAAAAUAUUGGGGAAAAAAUUUAUAGUUAAUGCAGUGGCAGAAGUGAACAUAUAUGAUUUCAGUCCAUGGGACCUUCCAGAUAAAUCCUCCUUGAAAAGUCGAGACUUGGAGUGGUUCUUCUUUGUUCCGAAAUUAAAAAAGUAUUCUAAUGGGUCAAGAUUCAAUCGUGCAACUGAAAGUGGAUUCUGGAAAGCAACUGGGAAAGACAGGCAGGUUAAAUAUCAUGAGAGAAUAGUAGCAACAAUAAAGACAUUGGUUUUUCAUCUAUGGAAGGCAGGAGUUGGCGAAAGAACAAAUUGGGUAAUGCAUGAGUAUAAGAUGGAAGAUGAGCAGUUGGCUAAUGCAGGAGUCAUCCAGGAUAUGUAUGUGCUAUGUAAGGUUUUUGAGAAGAGUGGUUCUGGGCCUAAAGUUGGUGCUCAGUAUGGCGCGCCGUUUUAUGAAGAAGAGUGGAAUGAUGAUAUCGCUAGCUAUUCCGGAUCUCAAGCCGUUGUAGAUCCAGCUGGGGCUACAAACACAAUGGAUUAUAAGCAGAAUGGUAUGGCUGCAGUGAACAUGACUGUGCCUCAAUGUACACAUGGCCGGUUUAUAACGGAACCAGGUUCAUCUGCUGUGACAUAUUCUGAAAAUGAGGCUAUUAACACCUUGAUUUGCAAGGAGAAAGGUCCAGCUACAGUGGACAUGAAUGUGUCCGUAACUGAACCAGGCUCGUCUAGCGUCACGUUUUCAGAAAAUUGGAGACGUCAGUCCGUUGCAGGUGAUGAUCUAAUGCUAUUAGAAGAAAUUGCUUCAAUCUUGGGGGUCUCUCUUAAAGACUUCAAUGACAACAAUGUUAAUGAGAUGGUUGACGCUGCCAACACAGAGGAAGGCAAGAACAUAGCACCUAGUGAAGAUAGUUUUUAUGAUGAUUUGGUGAAACUCAUUGAUUUAGACGAAUUAAAUGAAGGGUCAAACAAUUUCAAGACUGAUGGAACUGAGGGCACUACCAACAAAAUUUCCACAACUGAUGAUCUCGAUGCGGGUUUGCGAUGGUUCUAUGUUGAUUGACCAAACCCAACCGUAUUCUAUGGCCUGAUGUUGAAAGCUUGUGCUUGGGCUGUACAUCUUCAGGAUGGUUCAACCAUUACCUGUUCACUUAUCAAAGAUACUUUUAAUCUUUCUGAUGGCUUAUUUAUGACUGUUUGGCUUUUUAUUAAUGAAGUUAUCUGUACUGGAUUAUUUUCAUAAUUAAACGGUUGAUUAAAGACUUUUUUAUUUUUUUUA